AAGGCUGAAAGAAUGUCAACAAAGAUCUUCAAUUCGCCUUUGGUUAUGGAUAUCCAAUCAAUCUAUUCCUGAGCUUACUAUAUAUCUGUAUCAUAUCCUUCGUGCCUCGACACGAUCCUCUUGUACUGAACGUCGACUCCCAAGAAAACGCCAACUGGUAUCUCGACAUGAUGUCUCUCCCACCAGCUACUGUCAAAAUCAAGAGAAAGGCGACAGAUGAUCCCGUGGAGUUCCUACGCAUCCAUGAGUCUGGUGGUAGUGGUAAAAGACAACGACAAGACACUGGCUACAUCUUCUCGAGACAAUCAACCACAAACGAUACCGUAGCAAGCCAAUCCUCCUCUCCCGCUCCGCGCAAACUCGCGCAGCUUCCCCAUACUACCAGCUCUGUUAUACGACAAGCCAACUCGAUUCUGAGCUCCCAAGAUGCAGCUCAGACAACUCCGACCACCAAAACGACCCCUUUCGGCACCUUGAGUUCGCAGCCUCGCCGAUUCCACAUUUCCAGAUCCGCCAUACCGGCAAGCAAAGCUCAUGCUAUUCCCAGUGGAAGUCGUAAGCGCAAAGUCGAGCCUACAGUCUUCGUCGAACGUCGUAUUCGGCCCAAGAGCGCAGAUGGAACUCCAGGAGGCUCUACAACUCCAGAAGAGUCGGGAGGUCAGAAUGUGAAGAUCGCAGUGCCAACCCAGACCCCAAUCGGACAAACCCCAUUCGAGCAGACCUCAGCCAAACAGACCCCGCUCGAAGAGCCUCCAACCCCCCAAGUCAGACCGCAAAAGAAGCCUGGAAGAAACGCAAGAAGUACACCAGUCCGAUCCGUCACUCCUCCCAAGUCUUCUCCAGCGCCUCUUCGAAAUGUCCUCCUGCCCAACGGGUCGAUGGUCCCUUGGGAUGUUACUUCCGAACAGCUUGCCCUUGAGAUGCAAGCUUAUACAUUACAAGAGAUUGGCAAGAGUAUCGCCGCAUCCGAGAGUCCAAAACCAAGCCCUGUAUCAGAUCGCGUCAAGUCCCCUAGCAAGUUCAAGCCUAAGAAGCCAACUUUGCGCUACUUGGAACGACAUCCGGAGCAUAAGGUUGAAGCGGGUAUGGAAAUUGAUGAGGAAGAGUACAUGGAUGAGGAUAUUGAUGAUGAUUCGGAGUACAUUAUCGAGACCUAUGUUCGUGUCCCAGCAGAGGCUGUGGAGGUCGACGCUGUCCAGAAGAACGUCGGUCUUUUGGUUCUUGAUUCUCAACCGGAUAUCGACGAGUUCUAUAGAGAAGACGAGGAGAGUGACGAAGAGGAGUACGAUGAGGAUGAAGAUGAGAAUGCGGAGAACCACUACACAGCCGACUAUCCCGACGAAGAAGUAGACUCUGACGACGAAUACGACCGUAAUGCCUACAAUUACCGUACUCAUAACGCUUCUGAUCUCGAAGAGUUCGAUGAGAAUGACGCGACAUUCAGUGAUGAUGAGAGCGAGGCUACGAAAUACCCAUGGAUGGCUAAGCCGUGGCUCAAGAAGCCCACUGGUACAAUUAUGGAUGAUAGCGACUGAGGGAUAAAUUAUGAACAAAUAAGAAAGGCCGUCUAGCUUAUGCAUAUGUAGAAUCAAACAUGGUGCAUAGAGGGAGUAAUACAGGAUAAACAUACGCUGUUGCAGGCGUGGAUAAUAGACAUAAUUGGCCCAAAACAUAAGGGCAAGGCAAUG